AUGCUGCCUGGCUGUCUCGGCUCCCUCCAGACUACCUCGCAUCAAAACGUCAAACUCAAGCUACGACUACCCGAAGGCUCUCCUGCCAAGUUUGUCAAGAUCAGCGGCGCCCUACAGAUUACAAAACGAGCCACCGGACGAGACGCCGAAGCCGCGUUGGGUGACCUGCGUUUUGGCGACAAGCGAGACAUUUUGGUCCAACUAGCCAUUGCACCAGACACCGGCUCACCAGAACAGCUUCCUCAGGACCCUUGGGAGUCGAUUGUGUCUGGCCUUGAGGCUCUCGGUGGACCGCUCGACCAGGACGACUCACGCACACUCAGCGUUGAAGAAGUGCCGCUGAUCCAGGCAGACCUGACGUACGGUGACAUCCUACGCGAAGGGUCUUUGUCACAUUUACCACGCCCGUCGUUACUCGCCAUCACUCUGCUACCGUCAGGGCCAAAGAAGAGCCCGACUGGAAGACCACCAACACCUCCCAUCCCACCUCAUCCUCACGUCGUGCAGCGACGCAUGGAAUUGCUCACCUCAGACAUGCUGACACGCGCAUUGACGCUUGUUUCGCGUGGGCAACACGACCGCGCACACCACCUUCUCAAGGAAACGCGCAGUAUUCUAAAAGGACUCGGAAAAGGAGGUCUGCCACCACUUCCACCUCCAGGUCACCGACGCAACGAACCAUCCAGUGCAGCAGGCAGCACUGGAUCCGCAUCACCGACAUUGCACAGUACCAGUGGCGACUUGCGUGCGCGAACGCCCUCGCCUCAUGCGGAUAGCCCCUUUACUCCUGCAGCAGGCAUUGAUGUCAGAACCAUGUAUGCGCUUGACGCAGAACUCGAGUCCAGUCUCGAGUGGAUCAACCACCCUGCUGUCUUCGGUAGGGAUUCGCGAAAGGCCGUGUUGCAGGCAAUCGGUGUCAUCUCAUCCCAGCGCGCGUACACCUUCCGCUCGCCCUCGGAAUCUCUCUGGGCAGAGCGCAUUGCUGGUGUCAAGCGCCUAUCCGAACGCGCACGCGACUGGCGCGAAACCGGCGACCAAGAAGCCUUGAUGGAGGAGAAUUAA